AACAAAGGCUUCUACUUGAAAUAAAUUUUACUCUUUUACUAUUCCAUCAAGCUUUAAAACCCACUGUAGAGUAUUAAAGAGUGAGGAUAGUUCUUCUGUAUCUUUGGGUGCUUUUGUGGGGUUUUGUACAAAAGGGGGGAGGAGUAAAUAGGAAAGUAUUGGCAGCAUCUGCCAGGACUCACACCAGGAGAGUCAAGCAAAACAGUUCUUUUCAGCUUUCUUCAGCUGGGUUUAUUCUUUUUAAUUGUUAAUGUUGUAAUAUUAAUCUCUUCGUGUCUUUUUCAUCGUACAUCACAAACCAGAACAUUGUUAGAAAAAUUUGAUAUGUGCUUAAUCUUACAUUUUUUGUCACUUUUUUCAUGCGUUGAUUUACGCAAAACUGUAGAAUUGUUGAAGAUGUUAUUAUUUGAGGGGAUAAAAAAAAUCAUUGGAAUGCUUAAGAAAACACUAGCUUUGUUGUUUGUGGGACUUCUGGCAUGGGCAUAUCAAGCAAUUCAACCUCCUCCACCCAAGAUAUGUGGCAGUGUGGAAGGCCCCCCAGUCACAGCACCGAGAAUAAAACUUAGUGAUGGAAGGCAUUUGGCUUACGAAGAGCAGGGUGUGUCAAAAGAUAAGGCCAAACAUAAGUCUGUCUUUGUCCAUGGUCUUGAUUCUUGCAGACAUGACAAUUUUGCUAGAUUCCUGUCUCGGGAACUUGUUGAAGACCUUGGUGUUUACGUUUUGUCUUUUGACAGACCUGGUUAUGGAGAGAGUGAUCCUAAUCCGAAGCGCACUGUGAAAAGCAUUGCUUUGGAUAUUGAAGAGCUUGCUGAUCAAUUGGGACUAGGAUCCAAAUUUUAUGUAAUUGGUUUUUCCAUGGGUGGACAGGUGCUUUGGAGUGUCCUGAAAUACAUCCCCCACCGAAUAGAAGGGGCAGCAUUGAUAGCUCCUGUUGUAAACUACUGGUGGCCUGGUUUUCCUUCAAAUCUAACUAAUGCAGCCUUCAACCAAGAAUCGUGGAAUGACCGGUUGGCAUACGGUGUUUGUCACCACACCCCAUGGCUUACGUACUGGUGGAAUACUCAAAGAUGGUUUCUUCCUUCCAGUGUUCUAUUUUUAAAUCCCGAUGUUCUUUCUUCCGAAGACAAAGAAUUUGUUUUAUCACGAAAACGAGCAAGAGAGACAUACACGGCACAUGUAAGACAACAGGGAGACUAUGAGUCUGUCCACCGUGACUUGAUGGUUGGAUUUGGGAAGUGGGAAUUCAGUCCCGUAGAACUAGAAAAUCCAUUUCCGAACAAUGAAGGGUCUGUUCACUUAUGGCAUGGAGAUGAAGACUUGCUUGUGAAUGUUCUGCCACAACGCUACAUUGCCCAGCGACUCCCAUGGAUUCACUAUCACGAGUUACCUGGUGCUGGUCACUUAUUCCCAGAAUCUAGAAAUAUGUGGGAUACCAUUGUUAGGGAGCUUUUGAUUGUGAAAGAAUGAGCUUCAUAGGGAGGCUUUCCUGUGCAUUUUCAUUCUCUCUGAACUUCAGUUUUGGAAACAUUCAAUGCUGUAUAUUUAUGGUAAACUUUAGACUAGCCAUUAACUUUUUAAUAUGCUGUUGUUAAAUGGGAAUGCAUGCAUGAUCUUUUUGGUA